AUGAAUGAGAGGAAUGAGUGUGUUUGUUCACCAUCAACUGGUUACAAUUUUAUUCUUGACAAGUGCCAACCUUGUAGAGGUGAUUGUGAUACUUGUACGGAGAAUUAUGCUGUAUGUGAAGGAAGUUGUAGAGGAAAUGCUUCAAUCUCAAAUAAUUGUGGGUGUGUUGGAAGUACUUAUCAUUGCAAUGAGCAUGACUGUUGUGAGUGUUCAAUUCUUCAUAGUCAUUGUUUGUAUUGUGAUGGUGUUGUUUGCAAUCAAUGUGAUCCAGAAUAUGUUCUUGAAAAUGGAGUAUGUAAAGAAUGUCAGGAAGUAUUUCCUAUGUGUUCUUAUUGUAGGAAUGGCAAGUGCGAGGAAUGUACUGAUGGGUAUUAUAAGAGUGAAGGGUCAUGUCAUAAAUGUGCUGAUCAUUGUCUUAGCUGUAAUGAAAUUACUUGUGACUUAUGUCAAGUUGGUUAUUAUGUAAAUGGUAAUAAAUGUAAUCCUUGUUUACCUCAUUGUAUGAGUUGCCAAAAUGAAAGUUUCUGUAACUCAUGUGAAGAUUUAUAUGAAUGGAAUACUCUUAAAAAUGAAUGUGUUUUAGUAGGUGAUGAUGGCUUUUCUAAUGGAUCAAAAGAAUCAAUUGUUUCUAUUG